CAGAAACGCCCGAUCUCUGCCUAGAAUCCAUCGAGUAUAUAGAUCCUGAACGAGUAAAUUGUAAACAACCACUACUAUCACAUACUCUAUCCUGUUCAGUCUCAAUUACAGAACAUCACGACCAUAUCCUAUCCUAAAACCCAAUCCAUUAAACCAUCACAAUGGCCUCCCGCGGUGGCAUCUUCCUAACCAUCUCCUCCACCUCCGAACCCAACUCUCUCAUCCUGCACGACACCAUCUACGGCACCCACACCAUCACAGAACCCAUCCUCAUCGACCUCCUCCAAUGCCCCUCCCUCACCCGCCUCAAAGGCGUCAACCAGCACGGCAUCACCAGCCUCCUCCACCUCAGCCCGCCAGUCACCCGCUACGAACACUCCGUGGGCGCCUUCCUCCUCGUCCGCAAAGUCGGCGGGUCCCUGGACGAGCAGAUCGCCGCCCUCCUGCACGACGUCAGCCAUACCGUGUUCAGCCACGUCGUGGACUAUGCGCUGUCCAACCCUGGAGAGAGUUUCCACGAGACGGAGAAGGAAGAGUAUCUGGCGGGGACUGAGAUUCCAGACCUAUUGACCAAGUAUGGGAUCAGUCAGGAUGUGUUGAAAGAGGAGCUGUAUCCGCUGGUGGAGAGAGAUGCGCCGAGGCUUUGUGCCGAUCGACUGGACUAUGCGUUGCGGGAUACCGUCGCGGUUCAUAACCUGCCGUGUGCGGAUGCGAAGCGCAUCUAUGAGGCUGUGGCAGCGGCGCCUGAUGCCAUGGACGCGGAUCGAGUGCUGGUGCUUCCGGAUGCGCAGCUGGCGUUGAAACUGGCGAGGGCGUACCAGAUUACGGACGAGAGUCUGUGGUGUAACCCUGCGUUGGUGGAUAUGUAUCGGGAAGUGGGCCAGGUGAUUGGGGAUAUGGUGAGGAGGCAGAGGAUUAGUCUGGCAGCGCUGUGGAAGUGGUCGGAUGAGGUGUUGUGGAUGUUUUUGUCGGUCAAUGCGGAGGUGGAGAGGUCGACGGUAAUUAAGGAUGUUGAGGCGCAUGCGAAGAGGGUCAAAGAGAACAAGCCAGAGGGGCUGCGACUGCCAAAGGGUGCGAAGGUGAGGACAAUUGACCCGGAUGUUUUGGUUGAAGGCAAGAUUCAGCCGUUGAGUGAGGUGGUGCCGGAGUGGGGAGUGGAGCGUCAAGAGUAUAUUGCUCGGCGUGAGGCAGAGCGUGAGGAUGUUUGAUCAUCUGUCCUGAUUUGUUGCUAUCUCUGGAUGUAUCCAGCUAUGUUAUUUCUUCAUGUUGUUUCAAAUAGUGGGUUUAAUAGAGGAAUGCACCAAU